UCUCCUUUUAUGCACCGACGACGAAUUUCCAACCUCAGCUUUAUAAAUAAACUGAUUUCUUUUCUCCCCUUAAUUUUUAUGAUUUCCGGCAAAAAACAAUUCAAUCAAAAUAUAAAUUCUGAAUGAUUUUGCCGGGAUCUCUGAAAUUUUGUUGAAAAUUCGUUAAUAGUCUGUCAAUAUAUAACGGAAAUUUGGUUGAAGAUCUAAUUUCUGGGCAAUGUGGGUAAUCUGAGAAGAAUGUAUUAUUGAUUGAACUUGAUGAAGUUUAGUUAAUUGAAGCAUUGAUUGGUGAAAUUGGGAUCGAGAAGGGGUUCAACAUUUUUCGAGGCGUUUUAUUAAUUUUUUAAAACAGGGUUCGGAAGAAGAAAUAAGCAUCUAAAAGUGUGUUUUUUUCUUCUUUCCGUAUAUGAUUCAGUAAUAGAAAGGAAACUCUCAUAUUGUGUUCUUGUUUUGUUUUGUUUGUGUGAUUUUUAUUUCCAUAAUAAUAAUAAGAAAACAAAAUAGGAAUCAUAGAGUUUGCUAUCAUUUUGGAAUUUACUAUACAAAUGUGGUAAGAAUAAGAGUAGAAAAGAGAGAUUUGAAUGAAUGUAUGUAUGUUGAGGAUCUGAAGAUUGAAGAGAGUACAAGUUUGAGAUGGGGUUGAAAACAUGUGGAGGAGGAGAUGGGAAAAUUGAGAAAUGGAAGAACUCAUCACCAGUAAUAAGCAGGUCUAAAAUGAAGAUAUGGAUUGUCAGAGCAACAACAACAGUUUUAUUAUGGACUUGUGUUGUUCAGUUAACAGCAUUAGGUGAGUUAUGGGGUCCUAGGGUUUUGAAAGGUUGGCCUUCUUGUUUUACACCACCUUCUUCUUCUUCCGUUUCUUCGACAACUUCUACUUCAAAUUCUAAUCCGCUUUUGGCUGUCAAGUUAUCUUCAGUUCCUGCUAAACUUCCUCUUCCACCAAAAAGGGUUUACAAGAACAAUGGUUACCUGAUGGUUUCUGCUAAUGGAGGGCUUAAUCAGAUGCGAGCAGCGAUAUGUGAUAUGGUUACUAUUGCAAGAUAUUUGAAUGUUACACUCAUAGUCCCUGAGUUGGAUAAAACCUCAUUCUGGGCUGAUCCCAGUGAGUUCCAAGACAUAUUUGAUGUGGAUCAUUUCAUUUCAUCGUUGAGAGACGAGGUUCGGAUAUUGAAAGAGCUGCCACCCAGACUCAAGAGAAGAGUUGAGCAAGGAAUGUUCUACUCGAUGCCACCAAUUAGUUGGUCCAAUAUAUCUUACUACCUUGAGCAGAUUCUUCCAUUGAUUAAAAAAUACAAGAUUGUACACCUGAACAAAACUGAUGCUAGGUUGGCUAACAAUGGCUUACCCUUAGAAAUUCAGAAGUUGCGGUGCCGCGUGAAUUAUAAUGCCCUUAGAUUCACCACCCAGAUAGAGGAAUUGGGCCGGAGGGUUAUCAGGAUUUUAAGACAAAAUGGUCAAUUCUUAGUGCUUCAUCUCAGAUAUGAAAUGGACAUGUUGGCAUUUUCUGGUUGUACUCAAGGUUGUAAUGACAAGGAAGUAGAAGAGUUAACUAGGAUGAGAUAUGCUUAUCCUUGGUGGAAAGAAAAAGAAAUAAACUCCGACCUGAAGAGGACAGAAGGUCUAUGCCCUUUAACACCCGAGGAAACUGCGCUCACGCUAAGGGCGUUAGAAAUAGAUCCGAAUAUCCAAAUCUAUAUUGCUGCAGGAGAAAUAUAUGGUGGGGAAAGGAGGAUGGAAAGUCUGGCAGCUUCUUACCCAAAUUUGGUCAGAAAGGAGACACUUUUGCGUCAGUCGGAUCUUAGAUUUUUCCAAAACCAUUCUUCUCAAAUGGCAGCAUUGGAUUAUCUGGUCUCAAUGGAGAGUGAUAUAUUUGUACCUACGUAUGACGGAAAUAUGGCUAAGGUUGUUGAAGGUCAUCGCAGGUUUUUAGGUUUCAAGAAGACAGUUCUUUUAGACAGAAAACAUUUAGUUUUUCUAAUAGAUCAAUAUAACAAUGGAGUAUUAGAUUGGAAUGAAUUCUCUUCGUCAGUGAAAGUAGUUCACUCGAAACGUAUGGGAAAUCCUACAAGAAGAGUGGUAAUUUCUGAUAGACCCAAAGAAGAAGAUUUUUUCUACGCCAAUCCAGAGGAAUGUCUGCAGCUUCCCGAUAGCAUGUGAAAAUUCUCUCAUAAGGUUAAGAAAUUUCCUCCAAGAAAUCUUCUCCACUGUUGUAUUCACAUAGAUCACUUCAUAUCUAGCUCUAUACACGUGAAGCUUAGCAACGCAGAAGAGUGAUGAAAUGGAGACAAAAUUUAGGGGUUCUUCUGAAGCAGCUGAUGAUCGAAGGGCUAAUGGAGUUUCAAAACGAAAAGUGAAUAUUAGUUAUAUAAAAUAAUAAUUUUUGAAUUUUUUUCUUACAUUGAUUUCCUUCAUGUCUUACGCCGAAGACUACUCUUCCACGCUUGGGACAACAAUGUAGCAUAUAAUUGAUGAUAAAUAGAAAGAUCAUAUUUGAUUUUUGCUAUGUACCAACUGGGACUCAGAUUUUUUUUUUGCUACAUACAAUAAAUACAUUUUUUUCAUUUA